CCCGUUCAGCAACUCCACGCAAUCCCGUCCCGUCCGUCCCCACCCCGCCGGCAAGGAGGGCGAGGAAAAACCUAGGGCGGCAUGGCUGGCCGGAGUAACCGUAGCCGCCGCCGCCGUCUCCGCCGCUCUAAGCUGGAAUUGGAGCCCCCCGAUUCCUCCUCUGCGCCCCAGUCAUCCGUCUCCCAGCAGAUCGCUGAGGAGAAGCCUGAUCUUCGGAGGAGGACACGAGAUGCCCGGGCUGUGCGGCCCUUCCUUCUCGGCCUCAUCCGCGGCUACUACAUUGACGCCAUCUCCCGGCUGCCCGCCGCCGAGCUCCGGACCACCCUCGCGCGCGGCCUCCUUCUCGGUGGGCACUGCUACGGCCCGCUCCACCCAGUCCACAACAUCAUCAUCAACUCCGCCUGGUACGCCGCCGCCUUCCCCUUCCGCGCCACCGACUCCGACACCAUCGACGUCGACGUCACCACCACCGAGGGCAUAAACCGCCUCGCCCGCCGCUCCCUCGACGGAUUGGUUGCCUACCUCCGCCACCUCUGCCCUGCUCUUUCCCACGACGACGGCCCUCUGGCACCUCGGCCUCUCCCAUGCCACCCUCCACGGCGCCGCCGCUUCCGCACGCGGGGCUGUGUCGUUCGGUCGCAUGGAAUUGGAAGCCGUUCCGUUCAACGUUGCCGCCCAGGCGGCGCGGCAUCCAAAACCUGCCGCGCCUGCUUUCUUCGCCACUUCGGUGCUGCCAGCUGGGGAGCGCGAUGCGCUCUCUCUGCUCGAUGGCAAGCGCAGGCUCUCCUCGCAUGACAUCCUGGGUCUCUCCGCCGUGCUGCAGCCUCAUCCGCUGCCAGAUGAAGUGCCGCCGCAGCCACAGCCUUAUCCUCCAAAGCUGAGAAAAAGGAUCGACCGGAUCAUCGCCGAGAGGAGGAGGGGCUGGAGGAUGUGGUACCCAACCCUGGUUGACAUUGCAGAUGCGGCGCUGCGCAAGUUUGCUCGCCAAACUGGGUCACGUUACCGCCUUCAUACAAUCUAUGGCGAAAACAUCAUCCAGACUGGGGAAUUCCUCCUGGACCAAUAUUUCCACAUCAAUUUCAUGGCCUGGCCGAAGGGUAAACAAAACAAAAGUCAGACUCCUGUGCACUUUUUUGCUGAAGCUCAUAAUCCGUCUCAGAGAAACCGUUAUAAAGAGAAGAUCACUUUGUGCUGCAUGCUGGUAAACGCACAACGAUCGCCAAGCCAUGUUGAUAAUUGCUAUGCUUGUGCGAAGGGCAAGAAAAAAAUCAACCAUCCAAAUGGCGAGGAGCACUUUGGCGGGCAUCCACGCAAGACGGGUGAAACUGAGGAUGACUGUGGCUGUCCAAGCACAAUUGAUGUGGACUACAGGUUUUUUUGAUCCCGACAGAGACAUUGACCUUCUGAAGUGGUAUGCUGAUAAGAUAGCCUAUGCCGAAACUACUUAUACGCUCCACCCAGAUCGUCCCAAGUGUCGCUUUGAAGAAGAUGACGAGGAUGAUGGAGUUAUUACAGAGGAAGAUCUCUCCUUGUUUUGCAGGCGAUGUAUCUGAUGCGAUAAGGGAGGGAGAAUGAGGUUGGCAGCACUGCGGCAGUGUACAAGGGGAGUCUCUCGUGCCGUUGAAUGUCAUCCAGUUUUAGUUUCUUUCACAGUUAUUAGACCAGAUGUGUUUUACCAGACCACAAACUUCAAUCCGGUCUAAGUUUCAGUAUUAUUAUUCGCACAUGAAGUUUGUUUCCCAAGAUGCUGCUUUGUGCGGAUUUCCUCUACCCAUUCUUCCGAUCGGAGUUUCCAAUCCCGGUGGACGAAUCACGAAUCAUUCAUUCAAAUUCUAUUUUGA